GGCAAAACAGGACAGGUUCACAUAGGACAUGAGAAUAUCCUGAAGAAAAAGAAAGGUCCUACAAGGCUUCAGGAUUAAACCUUAAUCUUCAUCCUAACAUUACUCCUUCCCAGUAAACAGAUCUGAAAAUACCAAAGGAAAUGGCUGGACAGUGAUGCACAGGACAAGCAACGAGGGAGAAAGCUGGGAAUGUGGGUUCCUCUAAACCCACGUUCUCUGGGAGACCUGCCCCACACCUUUCUGAAAGGAGAAAGGUGUCCUGUGCUCAAGAGAUGAAUCAUGAAAUCCUUCAGGUGGAGAAAUACCUCUAAGAUCAUUGUGUCCAACCAUCAACCCAGCACCUCCUCCCCGUUCAUUACCAUCCCAUGUUUCCAAAUACUUUUUUGAACAGUUCCAGGGACGGUGACUGCCCCGGGCAGCCUGUGCCAGAUAACUCUCUCCAUGAAGGAAUUUUCCCAAUGUCCUAAACCUUCCCUGGUGCAGCCUGCGGCUGUUUCCUCCUGUCCUGUGCCUUCUUGCUUGGGAGAAGCGACCGACCCCUACCUGGCUGUCCCCUCCUGUCAGGGAGUUGUGCAGAGCCAGAAGGCCCCUCCGAGCCUCCUUUUCUCCAGGCUGAGCCUCCCAGCUCCCUCAGCUGCUCCUGCUGCUCCAGCCCCUCCCCAGCUCGGCCCGGCCGCAGCCGCCCCGCGGGUCUGCCCCGCCCGGGACAGAAGGAAAAAACCUCCGGGAGCUCAGCUGUACACCCUCUGCACCUCCCUGCUCUGUGCAGCUUUGAGACCUGACCUGCAGAGGAAUCCAGGGCCACCAUCAGACAAAGACAUUGCCUACCCACCUGGUCCCAUACCCUCACAUCCCACAGUCAGUUCCCAAAACUGGGGUUCUCCUCUGGAAAUGACUCUUAUGGCCAGCAGGACCUGGUGGACUGCAAGUGUCAAACAGCAGCAGAGCCAAACUAGUGGUAUACCAAGAGCUGCUCCUCCUCCUCUUUCUCCUCCUCCUUGUGUGGUCUCACCAUCAGGCAAAAGCAACUUCCUGGUGUUGCACACAGCUCCUCACCAGCCAUUAGGAAAGAGCUGCUGGUCUCAAGGGAGGGGGCUCAGAGAGGCUUGUCCAGAAUGCUUCGGGUGGUCUUUAGCAAGGAGGCAAGCACACAGGAAAGCAUCCACUGAAGUAAGAUGAUGCCUCUGGAGGGGAGAGAUGCUGUAGUGAGACGCCUUCAGGCAAAGUUCCAACAGAACAGGAAGGAACCUCCAAAAGUGGGUGGCUGGCCAGAGAGUCACCCUGCAGCCUCUCAGGGACCAGAGCCAGGACAGACCCUUGCCAUGGCCUCCAAGGGUGAUCCUCCUCAGGAGCCCCCCUGGAGCAGGAGGGUGGUCUGCAGCAGGGCCUCUCCAUCUCACAGUACAGGGCAGAGGUUGGGACAGCAUUCACCUCAUUCUGCCUACAAGACCCUGGUACAAACAGUGUGUCAGAAGAAGGGGACGGUUCAAGAUACCAGCUUCCACCCAGCCCCUGCAAAGCCAGGAGGAGAUGUGUUGAACAAGAAGGUGGAAGCCAGCUCUGAUCUUCCCUGCAGGAAGCCAGCCCAGCAGACAUGGCCACCUGCCAAAGACAAGGGGGCUCCAUCGGUUGUUGCCAAAGGCGCAGCUGUUGCAGACCCCCUGCUCACUGUGGGAAGCUCCCAAAGGACAGAGCACCCUGCUCUGCCCCGAAGGAAGCCUUUGCUGCACAUCAGGGCACUGGGAGUGAAGCCAGGCAAGCCCCAGCGACCUCCUGAUGUGGAUUUGGCAAAGUUCAGAGCAGCUGCACAUCCUGGGACAUCAAUCUGUCCUGCCACAGAACCACCAAGGCGUGCUCAGCGGGAUCACCUUCAACCAGGCUGUGCUGCAGCAGUGCCUGCACAGUUCCCACUGCAGGAUGCUCCAAGUGGCACAGGGGGUGAAGAUGAGAUAUAUGAUGAUGUUGAGCCUGUUGGGAUGGCCAGGAAGAGCCCAGGCCUUCUGCUGCCUUCUGUGUCUCAGCUGCCAGUGUAUCCCUGCUCCAGAGGAGGUGGAAAUGCUGGCCGAGCCUCUAACAGGGUUACCUUGCUGGCAGCUACACAGAGAGAAUCCCAGGUCUCCCAGAAGAUGAAGACCAUGACACUCAAGGCGUGCAAGAAGGAAGAAAAGAUGGACAGGGAGUUUCAGAAGAAGUUCAAGUUUGAAGGCAGCAUCCGUGUCCUCACUCAGAUGAUGGUUGAUCCUGCAGCAACAGAGAAGAGGGGCGGAGCAAAGAACCUCCCACUGAGACGGGGAGAAAUCCUUGAUGUCAUUCAGUUUACAAAUCAGGAGCAAAUCCUCUGCCGGAACAGCCAGAGGAGGUAUGGCUACGUGCCCCGGGCCGUGAUGCUGCCUCUGGACACUGACAUCUAUGAUGACGUUGAGAUUAAUGGCUGAACCAACCACGCUAAGGCCAAAGGCACAAGACAACACCACAGAGACCUACCUCCCCAAGGGCUGGAACACAAACAGCACCAGACACCAGGCUCCUUUUAUGACCUGCCAGAACAGUGGCAUGGUUGCUCAGCACAUGGGGCUGCACAGAUCCUGUCCCACAGGGCAGGGGCCCCAGAUCUUCA